AUGAAGAUGAGAGUUAUAAGAGUGGAACUUAAUUCUUUAAGGGGAAAAUACCCUAACAAGGAAAUCAGGGUUAUGGGUCACAAUCUGCUUCUGAUCAGGUUGAACAAUGAUGCUGAGAGAGAUGAAGUCAUCGCAGAUGGUCCUUGGCUAAUUGAUGGAGUUCUUUUUCAUAUUCAGAAGUAUUACAAUCAUAUUCCUCUGAGUGAUUAUACUUUUGAUAAACAAAUUUUCACAUUGCAGUUCAAAUACCUAAAGCUUGAGCAUAUGACUGUUGUUGUCAUUGAUGAAGCAAUCAGUUUUAUUGGUAAAAAGAUAUCUACUAAGCCAAGGAACUGCAUACCUCGUGUAGGAACCACUGUUAAAGCGAGGAUUGAAAUGGAUUUGAACAAGUCUCUAUAUAGAGGUGGUUGGUGGAAGACUGUAAAUGUAGAAGAUGUAUGGAUCAGAUAUCACUGGGAGCUGCAACCAAAGAAUAUCUGUCCAAAAUGUUUUAUUAUUGACCAUGAUGAUGAAAAGUCUCUACUCAAGGAAGAUAGUGAAGCUAAUAAAGAGAAGAAAGGAAGUACUUCAACUAAUUAUAUGGAAGAAGAACAAGUGGAUGAAGGAAAUAUUGAAGAUUCAAGAAAUGUCAAAAGGAUGAGAAAUUCUACUCUUAAUGUGGAGCCAUCUAUGAAUCCCCACAACAUUCAUGUUCAGGCACAUGCAGUUAUGCAAGGACAUAAUACUAUUAAUAUGGACCAUCAACACAUCUAUAUGAUGGAAUCGGAUAAUUCAACCGCAACAAAUUCUUCUCCCAUGAAUGAUUGUGUCGGAGAUUCUUCUCAAGUAUUCAAAACAACCCUUAUUUAUUUUAAUCUUUCUAGCAAUUUUAUUUAUUUCUUUCUCAAAAUGAGGAUUUUAUGUUGGAAUGUUCAAGGUUUAGGCAAGAAAUUUACAAAAAACCAACUGUAUGUUUUAAUCAAAAAGCAAUCAUCUGAUAUUUUGUUCUUAACUGAAACAAAAAUGGAUACAAAUAGAAUGAUUGACUUUGCUAAAUCUUUAAAGUUUACUAAUUAUGAUUGCAUAGACAUAAUAGGACUUGUCGAUGGUCUCCUCUUGUUAUGGAAAGAAGGUUUUCAAUGUUCUGUCCAUGACAAAUCUAACAAUAUCAUUAAUGUCCUUGCUAGUUUACAUCCUGCAAAUAAAAAUGUCUUAAUUUCUUUCAUGUAUGGAUCUACCUACUCUGAAAUUAAGAAAAUACAAUGGGAUGUCAUGUCUAGUAUUAGUGAUAACAUUAUGCAACCUUGGAUUGUAAUUGGAGACCUUAAUGUUCACCUUCAUACUUUGGAUUACAGUACUUCAGUCUCUCAAGAUGAUAAAUUUGUUCAACAAAAAAUAAAUGAUUGUGGUCUAAUGGAUUUAGGUUAUAUUGGUAGAGAUUUUACUUGGUCUAGUAAUAAGAUUGGUGUUAUAGUAUUUUUCAAGAGACCUUUUAAAUUCUCUGCUAUGUGGCUUAAACAUGCUGGCUUUAAAAAUCAACUGAAAAUUGCUUGGCAUACUAAUACUAGAGGUUCUCCUGGUCAUAUAUUGAUUGAAAAACAUAUCUCUACUAGAAAAAGGCUUUCUUAUUGGAAUAAGAUUGACUUUGGUGAUAUUGAUAGUAAUAUUAAUGCUCUUCAGGAUCAACUCCUUAGACUUCAGAAUGAACCAGUCUCUAUUACUCAGCAUAACUGUCUUAGUGAUACCAAUAAGCAACUAGAAAUGUGGUUUGAUAUUAAAACUGAAUUCUAUAAGCAAAAAUCUGGAGAUAAAUUCAUAGUUGAUAUGGAUAAUAAUUCUAGAUAUUUUCACACUCUAUCUAAUAGAAGAAUGUUUAGGAAAAACAUUGAUUGCUUAUAUGAUGUUCAUGAAUUCCAACUGUUGAUGAUGUUUCAAAUAGUGAAAGAUAUGGCCUAUUGGUGUUCCCCAGGCCCAGAUGGCUUUCAAGCUGGUUUCUACCAUGUUAAUUGGGACAUUGUUGGUAAUGAUAUAGUUCAGGCUGUUCAGAGUUUCUUUAUUUAUGGUUACAUGCCUAGGGAGUUUAAUAAGAAUUACCUUUAUUUGAUUCCUAAAACUGAUAAGGCCAAUUAUCCUGCUGAUUUUAGACCUAUAGGCUUAUGCAAUACUAUCUAUAAAAUCCUUGCAAAUAGAAUAAAACCUUAUCUAAAAAAGAUUAUCUCACCUUUUCAAUCAGCUUUUGUCCCAGGUAGAGCUAUACAAGAUAAUAUAAUCAUUGCUCAUGAAAUGAUUCAUACAAUGCAACAUAAAGAAGGUCACACUGGUAGUAUGGCUAUGAAAUUGGAUUUACCCAAAGCUUUUGAUAGGUUAGAAUGGCCUUUUAUUUUAGGAAUGCUCAAAAAACUUGGUUUUCCUGAGAAAUUCUGUAAGUACAUUGAACAAUGUAUUUCUACAACAGAAAUCUCUAUCAUUUUCAAUGGUUCUCCCACUAGUGAUCAUAGUCCUACUAGAGGUCUAAGACAGGGGGAUCCUUUAUCCCCCUAUCUCUUUAUAAUAGUCAUGGACUAUUUAUCUAGACUCCUUGUCAAUGCUACCACUAAUCAUGUUAUUUAUGGUGUCAAAGCUGCUAGAAAUGCCCCUGCAAUUACUCAUCUUCUUUUUGCAGAUGACAUUCUCAUUUUUACUAAAGCUGAUAGACACAAUGCCACAGGUAUUCUUAAUACACUCAACCAGUUUGGUAACAUCUCAGGUCAGUUAUUGAACUUAAAUAAGUUUAGUGUCUAUUUUAGUAAAAAUAUGAGUCCUGCUGCUAAACAUGAUCUUACUAGUGCUCUUGGUAUGAUUGAAAUGCAGGAAAAUGACAAAUAUCUAGGUGUUACUCUUCUGAUAGGCAGAGAUAAAUCAAAAGCUUUUAAACCUCUAAUUUAG